ACAAUUUAUCAGUCAUCCGUAGCAUUAAACAAACAUAUCUUUUAUAAGCUAAUGCAUUGACAAUUCUCAAAUCUGCACACUCAUGAGCGCAGCCUGUUGUAGCGACUAGCAGUUACAGAAUUUUUAGUAGUAUUAUUUUAAGUUUAAUAAUAAUGAAAGAAGUUAAAAAUUCGGAUCGUCCAAAAUAUGGAGGUGGACCGCAUAAUUUGGGAGAUCCAGAAGAUAAAUUUUUAAGAAAAGUAGAGAAAGACAUUCUCAUACCACAAAAAAUGCGAGAUAAAGCAAAACAAGAAAAAUGCAUUCAAGAGGUUCAAGAGUUCAAUGUAUGUUGUAAAAAUGCUAGUUAUCUAAUGCCAUUUAAAUGUAAGAAAGAAAAUACUGCAUUAAUAGAUUGUUUAUCAAAAUGGUAUAAUGAUCCAAAAUUUAAAGAAGAAUGUACACAAGAAUAUUUAGAAGAGAGAAGUGAGUAUAGAAGAACUGGUAUUCCUAAAAAAUCAAAAUUAGGGAGAGUUGGAUCUUCAAUUGUAUAAUAUAUUAAUAAUUAUUUUUUAUUAGUAUAUGUAAUUUAGUUUAUUGUAAGUGAAAUGAAGCUAUUAAAAUGCUAUUAUAAUUAUAGUAAAAAAAAAAAAAAGAAUAAUUUUGAACGUAUAUUUAUUAUUUACAAUUAUGAUAAAUGUUAAAUACAAAAUUAACAUGAAUCAUC